AUGGUUUCUAGCUACGUUUUGUGGUCUGUAGCCGCCGCUGGAUGGGAUGUAUGGAUGGAUGUCCGACUCUCAGAACUGAUUGGAAGCCAUGCGCCACUCGGGGUUUACCACGUAUAUAGUCAUUCAUAGAACCACCUGGCAGAGAGCCAGGAGAUCGGCCGUGGGGUUCGGAGUGGGAUGGGGAUCAAGUGCAAGAUCACCGGCAAAUCGGUGGGAGCUAUUGUUGGAGCACUACAAAAAACCAGAACAUCCGAGAAAGUAUUUUAUAAUGAAGAAUGA